GGUUGGCAAGGCGUGGUAAAGUGCUUCCGGGUCAGUACCUCGUGCGCCUUCCUCAAAAAAUAUUUUGACUGGCUAAAUCAACAAUCUUUUAUUUACGGAAACAUCGUGUCAUGAUGCAGCUGUGUAGAGUGUGCAGCGAACAAACACCCAAAUACAGAUGCCCAGCCUGCGAAAUAAGAUACUGCUCCCUUUCCUGUUACAAGAAGCAUAAAGAUUCGUGCCUUCCUGUUAAGCAGCUCAUACACAAUGGAACAAAGGACGCUCUCAGUACUGAGAACACAGACCCUCCGACUGCAGAAACAUGGAGUGUGGAUGAUCUUCUGCCUGAAGAGGCCAUCUCCGAUCUAGUAUCUCUACAGAGGCUUCAGUUGUUAGGUCAAUCAAAAGAUCUGAAGAACCUUCUUUGUAAUCCCCACCUAAGAGAACUAUUAAGGACUAUAGACGGUGCCGACAGCAAGGAAGAAGCAAUGAAAGCAGCUAUGCAGGAGCCCUUAUUUGUGGAGUUUUCAGAUCAAUGUUUGAAGGUUGUAGAAAAAGAAGCUCACCCAGAGGAGUUUAGUGAUGUCAUGGACUGGUAAUCAUGUUGUAUUUUCUAAAAAUAUACAAAAUGAUCACGAAAGAUGCAGACAUCAGGCAUUCAUGUUGAAUAUACCUUUUUUAAUCUUAUUUAGUCAUUUAUUUUUACAAAUCAAAUCAUUCAAUUUUGUAUUCAGAUAUUCCUCUAUAAAGCAUGCAUGCAUUAGUCAAAACGCACGAUAUUCCAAUGACAAACAAUAUUUAAAAAUAAAUGGAUGAAACAAGUUCCAAAUAUUCCACUGGCGUGCAGAUUAAAGCAGCAGUCUGAUGAACUCUCUUCCUGAAUCGCAUGUAAAUUGUUUGGUGUUUGGAUGUGCAAUAUCUGCUUUCGAUGUGCAAAAAA